AUGGCUGAGACUUGCUCAUUUCGCGGAUACUUGAAGGGCCAUGGAAACUGGGUAACGGCACUCGCCACGCCUCCGGACUCCGUAGACACACUGGUUUCGGUUUCUCGCGAUAAGACCCUGAUCUGGUGGGAACUCACCGGCGAGGAGGGCGACUACGGGCGCCCGCGGAAGGCCCUACACGGCCAUAACCACUUCAUAAGCGAUGUGUGUCUCAGCUCAGAUGGCCAGUUUGCGUUGACGUCUUCUUGGGACAAGGAGUUGCGGCUCUGGGAUCUGCAGCUUGGUGAGUCGGUCCGACGUUUCGUCGGGCACCGCAAAGAUGUGCUCUCUGUGGCGUUCAGCCCGGACAACCGCCAAAUAGUUUCGGCUUCACGUGAUCGCACGAUAAAGAUGUGGAACAUUUUGGGCCAGUGCAAGUAUGAGAUCGUGGAAGACUCGCAUACCGCAUGGAUUAGUUGCGUGCGGCUAUCGCCGUCUCCGGCGGUUCCGUGUUUUGUUUCGUGCGGCUGGGAUAAGCUGGUGAAGGUCUGGGAUCUGGCCACCUGCCAGUUAAAGUUUAAUCUGGUCGGUCAUACUGGCUACCUCAACUGCGUCACCAUCUCACCAGACGGAAGUUUGUGCGCCAGCGGCGGACGUGACGGCUCGGUGAUGCUCUGGGACCUACAGCAGGGGCAGCACCUGCACACACUCGAGGGAACCGAGGAGAUCUAUGCGCUCUGCUUCUCUCCGAGCCGCUACUGGCUAUGUGCUGCAACUAGCAGCUCCGUGAAGAUCUGGGAUCUCGAAACCAAGUCCGUGGUGGAGAACCUGCGUGAUGAAUCGUUCUUCGGCCCAAAGACGGCCCAAGCGCCACCGUGUAUCUGCAUGGCGUGGUCUUCGGAUGGUGCAACGCUGUUCUGUGGACACACCGAUAAUCUCAUUCGCGUUUGGGCUGUCAUCUAG